GCCUGAAAAACCAAGCAAACAAUUCCGUCUGCCCAGACGGGGUGACAGGGAACGACUGCUGUUGUGCGUAGCAGAGUCCACGCUUGAGUGACAUUCCCUGCUGGAGCAUCGGAGGAAGCCGGGAGCAUGUGUGAGCUGGCAAGGAGCUUGGUUCAGAAGUUUUUUUUCCUAGAGGCAGAGGGCUCCGUAUGAGGCCUUGGUUCUUCUUAGAAGGCGGAACAGGGGCAUUGUCGGGUGGUCAUCAUUACCAUCUUCAGGUAGGCCUGCCAUGGAUGAGACACGGGAGCCUCUAGCCUUGACUGUGCAUCUUCUUGCGGACACUGGGAACGGCUCACUUUUGCAGCAGGCUCUGGACCAACUCCUGGAUUGUAUCUGCCCGGAGGUGCGUCUCUUCUUGGUGUCUGAACGGGCCAGACCAGUAAGUUACCAUGAAAAGUACCAUCCCCGGAGGGUCCGCUUCCCGGGGAUGUCAGUUUUGCUCUUUCUUCAGGAAAGCCUGGGACAGGAACGGCUGUUUCGAGUCCUGGACUUCCUACAGCAUUCACCCUGGCAGGGUUUUCCUACCCAGCAUGCACAGGGGAGGCCUUGUCCUUAUCUCCCUGCCAAUCAGGAAUUCUACAGCCUGCAUAACCAGAUGCCAGUGUGGGGCGUGAGGCCGGUGCACUGUGGCUCUGAUAUCCUCAGGGUGACACUGUACUGCAGUUUUGAUAACUUCGAAGAUGCCAUCAGACUCUACGAGAUGCUCCUACAGAGAGAUGCCACGGUGCAAAAGAGCAACUUCUGUUUCUUUGUCCUCUAUGCCACCGAGGGCUUCAGCCUACAGCUAUCCCUGAAGCAGCUGCCCCUGGGAAUGUCAGUGGACCCCAAAGAGUCUUCCGUGCUGCAGUUCAGGGUUCAAGAGAUCGGCCAGCUGGUACCUCUUCUACCCAAUCCGUGUGUCCCCAUCAGCAGCACCAGAUGGCAGACCCAGGACUACGAUGGCAACAAGAUUCUGCUGCAGGUCCAGCCGAAGCCGGGACUUGGUGUUAGGAAUGGUGAGUGUCCCUUCCUGAGCGGCAGCUUGAGAGGUGACAAGCAUCGACAGGGCUCCAGGCUGAACUCCGUCUCCACGCAGAGAACCCUAGAGCCAAGGAGCCGGAGGAACAGGGACCGGAGAUUCAAAGUCCAUUCUCUGGAGCUGCCGCAGCCCAGCGGCACAUCAGAAAACUCCAGCGACCCUCUGUGGAGAAGCCCUGGCUGGUCCUCCCUGGCCCACAGCUCAGCCACAGGCACGCGGCAGCACCGACUGUCUAUCCCCGUGGAACCCGAGGUGAGAAGGAUGGGCCUUAAGGACAGCAGCUCGGAGAAAUUCGAGGCGGAGACGAACGUUGACACUGGCUUCACCGUCGUCAGUUCCGAACCCAGGCGGUCUUUUCCGAGCAGAUUCCCCAGGGAUCCUCAGAGCAGUCAGCCAGCCCGCUCCUUAGAAGUGACCACAUCCCCAAACCAAAGAGCCUUGAAGGAUAGACUCUGCCCUCUUCCCGGUCAGAGGGACUUUGGUGCAAAGAAGCUGAUCUCAAGAUGUUUCCAUCACCUGCCUGUCCAGGGUGAAGAGAAAGAAGAAUUCUUUAUAUAGCAGAAAACAAACGCGUUUCCUCUAAGACACAAGAGCAUUGCAUUAGCUGUCUUUCUCACUGAAAUGACAAAAUAUCCUACACAAGCGACUGAAGGAAGGGUUCAUUUUGACACGUAGUAUGAGAGUAAGGUCCACUCACGGCUGGGAAGUCACGGAAGCGAGAGUGUGCCGGGACUUCAACCCAUGGGAAGGUGCUGGUCACGUUCAGGGUGGGUCUUCCUUCCUCAGUUAAAUCUCUCUGGAAACACGUUUACAGGCACACCCAGAGUCGCGUUUCCAUGGUGAGUCUACCUCCAGUUAAGUUGACAGUGCAGACUAGAUCAAUGACUCAGCAUCAGUCAGUUUCUCCCUUAUCUGAGGGCCCCUGAGCAAUCAAAGCCUAGGCUCACAUUGCUUUCACUUUUGGUAUUAAAAGUCUCCGGGGUGCAUUGUCUUCUUCUGUGGCCUGGUAAGGCUGCUCCCCCCCUCAGGGGGAGGUGAUCAAAGAGCAGGCCAAUCAGUUCAUGUCAGAAGCAGUCCCUGUUUCCCUUACUAUGGAACCAACUUGGACACUAAACUGCCAUGGGCUAACAGACUAGAAUCAGAAGGAAGAAAAAGAAACCCUCCCCUACCAGUGGACUUGGGGAGGGGAGUGUGUGGAGA